AUGGCCAUAUUAUCAGACACCGAACAUUCACAGCAACAGCAGCAGACCAUGCAGAUGACAUUAACGAUCGAACAAGCUUCCGCGCUCGAGGCGGCGAUGGCAGAGGGAAGUUUGAGGGGUAAAAAAAGGGUCACGAGGGGUACUGUCGUUGGCGAAGCGAGAGAAACACUCUUUAAACCUGGAUACGAGAUAUCGUCGGGAGUGGAGCAGGGGUUUAUGAGUCCUAGGAUCUCGCCGGGGCAGAAGGUUCAGGUGUUUGGCAAUGGGAUUUGA